UAGAGAACAGACGUUGAAACGAAAGAAUUUUUGUGGUGUUCACGGGUCGAGAAGCUGAAAAUUUUUUGUGAAAAAUAAUAACUUUUGGGUUUAAAAACAAAAAUAAUAUUAUUGACAUAUUUAAAAUAGAAAACAGUUAUUGACGUGGUGACUUCUGUACAUUUAGUGAAAAGUGUUGCUUGAAAUCUUCUUGUAAAAGUUUCUGCUUGUAAUCAAAUCAUAAAUGCAAAAAACCUUUCACAUUUUAAAUUGUUAAUCGAAGAAAAAACAAAGAAAGGCCCUAAAAAGCCUAAACUAUAAAUCAGCAAUAACUAAUAAUCUCUGUAAUUUAUUAUCGCCUAAAGUGCUAGAAAUUGCUUGGUUACAAUAUACAACGAAAAAUUGAUGUGUUGUUUUCUGUUUGCUGGCAGCGGUGGUGGCCAGACGACGGUGCUCAACAGCUGAAUUGUGGAGUGUUUUUUUUUAGCUUCAGCCAAACGUGUAGAAAUAAAUAUAAGUGAGUGAGAAAAAAAAUUGUGUCAACUGCAUAAUAAAUAUACGCAAUAAAUUUAACGUGGUAAUAGUACGUAAUUGCAAAAACAACAACAACGACAACAACAUACAAAAAAAUAGUAAAGCGAUAAUAGCAGUUGGCGCAAUUAGCACGUAAAUUGUGACAAAAAUUUGGCAGUGUUUCAACUCAACGUUUUUUGUUGCUAUUAUUUCAUUUUUGUUGCUGUUAAAAGCCUCAAUUCACUUACUACCAUACGGUGGUGUGGAAGUGAGCAUUAGCACGCAGUAAUUGCUGCACGCACAAGUGCUAAAGUGCUAAAAUAGAGUUAGUGCCGGACGUUAAUGGCCGAUGGAAAUGUUAUGUCAGCAGCUUCCAUAGGGCAUGCAGCUGCUGACUACUAUACAGUAGCACCAGCAACAGCGACAGUGUCAUCAACACCAACACCCAUACCAACAGCAAUAGCAACAGCAACACAGGCAGCCAACAUGGCUGGGAAUGCCGGUGUAGGUGGCGUCAUGCAGACCAGUAGCGGCGUUACUGUUUCAACAGUGGGCAGCAGUAUUAAUAACAGUGGUAGUAGUAUUGCUGGCAUUGGUGGCGGCAAUGGCAGCGGUGGCAUUGGUGGCAAUAUGGGUGGUAGCAAUAUUAAUUUGAAUGCACCCUCAAUGGCGUCAGGGACAGCUGCUGCGGUGGCAGCGGGCACAACGGCCAGUGGCAGCACUGCCAACAAUCAAGGUUAUCACCAGUUGAGUGUAACUAUUGAGGAAGCUUCACUGCGCAAUAAUGGAUUUCUAAAGCCUAAUCCUUACGUGGAACUAGUAAUCGAUAAUAAAAGUAAACGCAAAACUGAUGUGGUGAAGAAUACUUAUCUACCGAAAUGGAAUGAGGAAUUCACAGUGCUGGUAACACCAAACUCCGUGUUACACAUCAAAGUACUCGAUCACUCAAGCUUUCGGAAAGACACUCUACUAGGCGAGCGCAUCAUCAAUUUAGCGCAUGUGCUGCAACAGUUAAACGGUCGGUUCGAGUACCUCGAGCUGACCAUGGAUUUGCUGGCUACUUCCAAAUCAGAUAACCGGCAAACAAAAAUCGGCGAACUCGUCGCAGUGCUAAAUGGACUUAAGCUGGAAAUGCCCAACGGCGUACAGCAGCAAAACGGUAAUGGCAUGCAAAUGUUGCCGCCAACGAUCAGCGGCGACGGCUCGAUAUUCACGCCAGCCGCGGGCGUACGUGGACGCAUACGCAUGCGCAAUGUUGAGAAUGGCGCGCUUAUGGCUACAUCAGCGGCGGCGGGCAGUGGUGGCAAUAUGGCGCACUUGACGGUCGGCGGUGGCUCACGCUCACCUGUUGCCAAUGGCAAUUUGGAGCGCUGCGGCAGUGGUGGUAACGUGCAGAGUGGAGCCGUGCGACGUGCCGCACCACCGCUGCCGCCACCCGUCUGGGAGCAGCAACAGCCAAUGCCACAAACGCAACAACAACAACAUGUUGCACUACAACAGCAGCAGUUGCAGGCGCAGCAGCAGCAGCAACCGCAUCAAUCACAAAUGCAAGUACAACGCAUGCCAUCGAUGAAUGGCGGCGCCGUGGCGGUUAACGCCGCCGGUGCGCAAGUGCGUCCAAUGUCGCAAAUGUAUGCGAACGGUGGUGGUGCUAGCAGCUUGGCGCCCUUACCGCUGCCGUCACAACCACAACCAUCGCAAACGCAACAGCAACUGAUGGAUAGCGCGCUGUUGAGCGCGGCGGGCGAUCAGGGCGCGCUGUUGGCGCAAGGCGCAAUGCCUGUGUCCAAUGUGGCCGAUCAGCAGUUGCAGGCUGCUCAAGCGGAUGAUGAGCCGCUACCAGCCGGUUGGGAGAUACGUUUCGAUCAAUAUGGUCGCCGUUACUACGUAGAUCACAAUACGCGUUCUACAUAUUGGGAGAAACCGACGCCUCUACCGCCCGGUUGGGAGAUACGCAAAGAUCCACGUGGGCGUGUCUACUAUGUGGAUCACAAUACGCGCACAACUACCUGGCAGCGACCGAACAGUGAACGGCUCAUGCAUUUCCAACACUGGCAGGGACAGCGUGCGCAUGUGGUGGCGCAGGGCAAUCAACGUUUCCUCUACUCACAACAGCAACAACAACCUACAGCGGUAACAGCCGCUGUGACGCAAGAUGAUGAGGAUGCGCUGGGUCCGCUGCCCGACGGCUGGGAGAAGAAGGUGCAAUCAGAUAAUCGUGUGUACUUUGUGAAUCACAAGAACCGCACCACACAGUGGGAAGAUCCGCGCACACAAGGUCAAGAGGUCAGUCUGAUGAAUGAGGGUCCAUUACCGCCCGGUUGGGAGAUACGCUACACCACAACCGGCGAACGUUUCUUUGUCGAUCACAAUACGCGUCGCACCACAUUUGAUGAUCCGCGACCGGGUGCACCGAAGGGUGCUAAAGGUGUUUACGGUGUGCCGCGCGCUUAUGAGCGCUCCUUCCGCUGGAAGCUCUCACAAUUCCGCUACCUGUGCCAGAGCAAUGCAUUGCCGUCGCACAUUAAGAUCACGGUGACGCGUCAAACGCUCUUCGAGGAUUCAUACCACCAAAUUAUGCGUUUGCCUGCCUACGAACUGCGUCGCCGCCUCUAUAUUAUAUUCCGCGGCGAAGAGGGUCUCGACUAUGGUGGCGUGUCGCGUGAAUGGUUCUUUUUACUAUCACACGAAGUGCUCAACCCCAUGUAUUGCCUCUUCGAAUAUGCAAACAAAAAUAACUACAGUCUACAAAUUAAUCCGGCCUCGUAUGUGAAUCCCGAUCACUUGCAAUAUUUCAAAUUCAUCGGCCGUUUCAUUGCGAUGGCGCUGUAUCAUGGUCGCUUCAUUUAUUCCGGUUUUACGAUGCCUUUCUACAAGCGUAUGCUGAACAAGAAACUAACCAUAAAAGACAUUGAGACCAUCGAUCCGGAGUUUUAUAAUUCAUUAAUUUGGGUGCGUGAUAAUAAUAUUGACGAGUGUGGCUUGGAGCUGUGGUUCAGCGUGGACUUUGAGGUGCUCGGCCAGAUAAUACACCACGAAUUGAAGGAGAAUGGCGAGAAAGAGCGCGUCACCGAAGAGAAUAAAGAGGAGUAUAUAACAUUAAUGACGGAAUGGCGUAUGACGAGAGGUAUCGAACAGCAGACGAAAACGUUCCUUGAAGGCUUCAAUGAGGUCGUGCCGCUAGAGUGGCUCAAAUAUUUCGAUGAACGCGAACUAGAGCUCAUACUGUGCGGCAUGCAGGAUGUGGACGUGGACGAUUGGCAACGCAACACAAUUUACCGACAUUACAAUCGCGGCUCCAAACAAGUUAUGUGGUUCUGGCAGUUCGUGCGCGAUACGGACAAUGAGAAGCGUGCGCGCCUGCUGCAAUUCGUCACGGGCACAUGUCGUGUGCCAGUCGGCGGCUUUGCGGAACUUAUGGGCUCCAACGGGCCGCAGCGCUUCUGCAUUGAGAAGGUGGGCAAGGAGACGUGGCUGCCGCGUUCGCAUACCUGCUUCAAUCGGCUGGACUUACCGCCCUACAAGAGCUACGAUCAGCUGGUGGAGAAGUUGACAUUUGCCAUUGAAGAGACUGAGGGCUUCUGCCAAGAGUAGAGCGCCUAAACGACUAAGCGGCUGAAUGUGGUUUGACAAACAACGCCGCCGGUGCGUUGUUGUAAUCAAAACAAACAAUAUUUUUGCAACGUUAUAUAAUCACAAUUGUUAUGCAACGAAAUGCGCGCGCACUGUCAUUAUUAUAUUCUUGUACAUUACAUAGUAUGAGUUCCGUUUUUCAUGUACAUACAUACACACGCAUAUAUGUGCUCCUUGUGUGUAUAAACAAAUCUGUGGUGAUUUUUUUGUUUUGUAUUCUUUAUAUAUAUUCAUAUAUAUAUAUUUGUCUUAUUGGCGCGCAGUUGUUGUUGCUAAGCUUAUUUUCAAACGCAUAUCAUUUCGUUGUUUUUGUGCAAGGGAAACAGAAAGCAAACAUAAAAAAAAAAUUGAAACGAAACAAACAAACAAAAAACUAUAAGCGCUUGUUUAAUUGUAUUAGAAAUAUAUUAGACUUAUUAUUCAUUUUUUAGGAACUUAAAAAAUAUAACAUUAUAUACUUAUAUAUAUACAUAUGUAUGCAAAUGUAGGGAGUUUUUAAUCAGUUAUACAUUUACCGUACGAAAUGUAAAACACAUUUGUGUGUAUGUAGUUGCACAUACACACACAUACAGCCACAACAUAUACUUAAGCUCACAUUUCAUGUGCGUGUGUGUGUGUGGGUGUAUGUGCUCUCAACUAUCGCAUAGUAACGUUGCCGUCUUGCAGUAAGCACAUGCUCCUAUCUAACCUAACUUUAAUUUAAUAUCAUUUUUAGCAUACAUAUAUACAUACAUAUACAUACUAUAUAUUAAUAUAUUUGUGCAUAUUUUAUUAAAUUGGCGUAAUUUAAUUUUAAAUUUGUAUAUAGCGCACGUUAAUGGCAUAUAUUUAUGUUAAUUUACAUUUGAUAGUUUGUUAUUAUGCAUACAUACAAACGUGUACGCGUGUAUGUAUGUAUAUGUGGUGGCAUCUUAGCAAGUUAUGUAAGCUAAGCUGUUGAAAUUACUUAAGUAAAAAUGCAUAUGUAUAAUUAUUGGCAAAAGACAUUCGAAAACAAUCUGCGUUAACGAACAUUUAUUUUAAAAAUAUAAUGGAAAAUAUAUCACAAAAACAAAUAA